AUGUCGGAAGCGCCUUCACUCCCUUCUCUGUCUGACGAACAGGCGUAUAUGUAUGCAUCUGCCUUCAAGGCAGACUCUCGAGUGUCCCUUGGUCCCCUCACUUCCUGCGUCACUCGAAGAACAACGAUGGCAGAAUCUCUGGAAUCUGGUGGAGUUACCCCUUCAUCCGUUGACUCGGUAGUCCUGAUCCACCUCAAUUGGGAUCACAUCGGAGAUCCCAGGAUGCGUGUUGUGUCGUCUCGUGAUCGUCGUGACCUCCAUCUUAGGUUAGAUGAGACUGUUGUUGAGGCACUCGUCCACGCUCUUGAUGUAGAGAUAUUCAAGAACCGGGGUUGGGAGUAG